AAGAAGAAGCAGCACGGUAAACACGGCACGCUACAGUCAGCGAGGAGUACUUUUUCGGAACGGGAGCUACGCGUCCCAGCCGCAUCUGGAUUUAAGAUAUACUUUUAUCUGCCUGCUUAUAUUAAUAUAUUGAUAUUGAAUAUCAUAUUGAUUGAUUAGCAACACUAAUGGACAAAGCUAGCAAUAAGGUUAAGCGAAAGUCGAAUCACGAUAGUCCUAAGCGCCUUUCCAACGCAAAACGAAUAAGACGCAAUGAUUCAAGACACAUCGCGGCUCUUAUUCUUGCUCGUGGAGGGAGUAAAGGCAUCCCUCUGAAGAACAUCAAGAUGCUGGCAGGAGUUCCUUUGAUCGGAUGGGUGAUCCGAGCAGCAGUGGACUCUGGGGUGUUUGACAGUGUUUGGGUGUCCACUGAUCAUGAUAAGAUCAAGAAAGUGGCCGAGACUUGGGGGGCUGAGGUGCACAAGAGGAGUCCAGAGGUGUCGAAAGACUCCUCAAGCUCACUGGACACCAUUCAGGAGUUCAGCAGACUGCACCCAGAUGUUGACGUCAUCUGUAACAUCCAGGCCACUUCUCCAUGUCUGCACCCUCAACAUCUCAAAGAGGCUGUGGAGUGCAUCACCAAAGAAGGGUAUGAUUCUGUCUUCUCUGUGGUCCGGCGACACCAUUUCCGAUGGCAAGAGGUCAAGAAAGAUUGCCAAUGUACAAAGCCGUUGAACCUGAACCCAGCUUGCAGGCCACGGCGUCAGGACUGGGACGGAGAACUGUGUGAAAAUGGCUCUUUCUACUUCGCUACCAAAGAACUUAUAGAAAAGGGGCUACUUCAGGCUGGAAAAAUGAAGUACUUUGAGAUGAAGCCCGAGCACAGUGUGGAUAUUGAUGUUGACAUAGACUGGCCCGUUGCUGAACAGAGAGUGCUGAGGUUUGGUUACUUUGGUAAGGACAAACCUGAAGUUGUGAAGCUUCUGCUGUGUAGCUUGUCAGGAUGUCUGACAGACGGUCAGAUCUACAUCUCAGCUAAAGGAGAGGAGAUGUUGUCCAUCAACACCAGAGACCUGGCCGGCAUCGACAUGCUGAAGAAAGGGGGAGUGGAGGUUAUUUUGAUAGAAAAAGACCCCAUUGCAAAAGCCUUAGUUAAAAAACUCUCAAAGAGAAUGAACAUCUGUGAGAUCCAUCAGAAUGUGCGUGACAAACUGAAGAAGGUGCAGAUGCUCAUGAAGAAAAGAAGGCUGGAGUGGAAAGAGGUGGCAUAUUUAGGAAAUGAUGAGCCUGAUGUAAAGUGCCUGGAACUGGCAGGGUUGAGCGCAGUUCCUAUGGAUGCCCCAACAGUUGCGCUCAACCAUGCCAAAUACAUCUGCCACAAAGCAGCGGGUCACGGAGCAGUGCGAGAGUUCGCCGAACACAUCCUACUGCUGAAAAAGAAGGCGAAGUCUCAGAUGGAGCAGGAUAGAAUUUGCAGAAACACAUUUUAGGAGAGAUAGAAGUGUUCAUAUGGGCAAAUGGUGCAAUGGUG